AUGUUCACUGCAGUUCUGUAAAAAUUGACCCCUCGAUUGGGGGUGGUUCUGUCGGAGUUGAACCCGUUUUGGCCAAAACUGUACAGUUCAUCCAUCAUUCUGAAAGUUAGAUUUUGUCAUAUCCACAAGCCGCUCGUCGUCAUCAAGCUCCUCAAGACUCCCCGACAUACCUAAAUCUACCAAUGGCCCCUUCCAAGAAGUCUAAGGCAACCAAGUCGUCCGAGUCCAUCUCGUCUCGUCUUGCGCUCGUCGUUAAGUCGGGGAAAUACACCCUUGGUUACAAGUCUGCCCUCAAGCAGAUGCGCAGCGGCAAAGCCAAGCUCGUUCUGAUUGCUGGCAACUGCCCACCACUACGCAAAUCUGAGCUCGAGUACUAUGCCAUGUUGUCAAAGACGACCGUGCACCACUUCUCUGGCACGAAUGUCGCACUUGGCACUGCCGCUGGAAAGCUUUUCCGUGUCGGCGUCAUGACUGUUACCGAUCCUGGAGACUCUGAUCUCCUCACCUUCGCAGAGGGAAACACUGCAUAGACCCAAAAUUGCAAUGAGACGUCGGAAGUAUAGGCUUAUGCUAUUAUAGCCAUACUUUGUGCAUCAGUAUGCUAGUAAUUAUGUUUACUACUUGUCGUUAUGAUUCAUGCAUGUAAGGAUGCCGCACAAUGUUCACUGCACAUAGCCUAUCUUGUCUUUAAACGUCGAGGGAACAAGUACGACAAACUCCAACUCUCGAUGUCCUCUAUCCAUGAGCGCACAAGAAUUGUACAGCCAAGCCGCAAGCUCCAGGGUCUCCCAAACAGAAGAU